AUGUCUACCACUGCCCUACCUCCAGGCCUCGAGGGCGACCUGAUCGAAGCUACAUCUGGUGGGGCUGGCGAGUGGGCCGCGUUUGAGAAGCGCAAGUGGUACACAAACGCGUUCGUGUUUGAUCCGAGUGGCUCGAAGAUGCUUCUCGGCCUGAAGAAGAGAGGAUUUGGAGUCGGUCUCUACAAUGGGUUCGGCGGCAAGGAAGAGGCCGGGAUAGAUGCACCCCUGGAACACUGCGGUUCAUUGCUCUUCAUUCUUGAAAACGGGCCAGAAUGGGCUUUCCAGAUAGAACUGUACCGUGCAUCAUCAUACACCGGGGAGAUAACCGAGACGGAUGAGAUGCGCCCUAUAUGGUUCUCGACGGGCAAGGCCGUCUCAGACAUGGAAUCUGCGGCGGAGUCCUUGCCCGCAAUUCCCUACACGCAGAUGUGGCAGGAUGAUAUCCACUGGAUGCCUCUCAUGCUUUACGGGAAGCCCUUUGUGGGUCGAGCGGACUUUACGCAGGAUCCUGCUGCGCCUGGGGAGUACAACAUGCGGAAGUGGUGGUUCGGAGUCCCGCCAACCUACGCAUCAUCUUGA